CUCUCUGUAUAAAGCGGCCACUGUGCACAAGUCAAAUCGGCCAAGAGGAGAAGCCAAGCAAAGAAGCACAACACAUCUCUGUCUUCAUUCACACGCGCGUGCGCGCAAGAGAGAGAGAGAGAGAGAGAGGAUUCCUGGUUCGGUGGCGCUCGGCAAUGUGAUGGCGCAGCCGCGGCAGCAGCAACGACAACGGCGCCUCAUCGCGGCGCUCCUGGUGCUCCUCUCCCUCUGCUGCCUUGCUCGCCUCGGCGCCGCGGCUUCUGCAGCGAGGACUGACCCUGGCCGGAAGGAUGGAGCGGCAACUGCGCUGGACAAGGCCGAGUCACAGGAGGAGGAGGCAGCGCCCGGGUUCACGGUGACCACCGUGCAGGAGCAAGGGCGAGGGCGAGGACCGGUGAGGGUGGUGAUGGAGGUCGACAUCGAGGACUAUCCCCGGUAUGGCGCCAAUGGUCGGCACAACCCGGAGGGUCCGCACCCGUGAGGCCGUGACAGUGGCCACCACGGCCGCCGCGGCCGCGAGAUCAGUGCGCGCCGGCCUAGCUAGGCAGCUGCUCGUCACCAGAUCUGGUACUACUAGUUACAGCUAGGUUGGUUCGCGCGCACGCGACCAUCACCACCACCCGUGCCUACGCGCACGGCGAGCUGUCGACGCGGCCGCGUGCCGCGCCGUAGGCCCGUAGCUUCACUUUACGCUUUCUGACGUUGAUUUGUCUUCCGCUACUGCUUCGUUCGCUUUUUUUUUUUUUUUUUUGCUUCCGCUGUUCCGGCCACCGGCUGCUGGACCUGGACAUUUUGAGUUGUGACGGCAAGCCGUAUGGCGCGUGUGUUCCUCCUUGUUCUUCGCAUGUUUAUGGCCGAGUUCUUUUCCGGCGGGAUUCUGCAGAACUAAACAAAUUCUCUCAGGAUCUGCUUUCCACAUAAUCAACGGUCGAGUUCUUUUC